ACUCCGGUAAUAAGGUCAAAGUCAUACCUGUUCAAACAAAUGACAGUGGACCUUAGCUUAAAAUAUGAAGUCUGUUCAAAGUGCCCGUAAAAAAAUAUUACAGUACCCAGAAGCUUUGUCACAAUGCGCAGUUCAGGCCACAGCAUAUGGUAAAUGCAUCACUGCAAAGGAUAAUGUCACAAAAUCUGCGUGCCAGAAAGAAUUUGAUGCAUUAAAGGAAUGCAUUAAAAAAUCCAUGAAAAAGUGAAAUCAUGCUUUUAAACUCAGAUGAAGAGACAACUUGAUAUGUGGAAUGGAAUACAAUACUACCAAGACGGGUUUUGUUUUAAUUAAGAAAUUGAUUUCUCCUGUAAAGUAUUCAGUCAACUCUGCUGUAUUACUGCAAAUAUUUGGUCUUUGUCGCAAACUUCAGUGUUUCUCAACAUCAAGCAAGACCUUUAUAUUUUCUGACCAGUUCAGCCCAGCAAGAGAGAACAGCAACAUUUAUUUUAAAAAGAGACUUCUUUCCUCACCCACAACAGACGUCAACUUUGCGACGGUAGAUCAGGUUAAGAUUCCAACUUAUAGACUGAAUGCCGUGGCCAGGAUAUUGGAGUGCAAUAUUGCUGAGGCAGAAUCAAUUAUUAAACAGUUCCCAUUCUUAGCACACCUGUCAACGCACCUGCUUCAGCAGAAAGUUAAGUUGCUGACCUCCUACAACCUGCCUUUAUCUUUUAUUAGAAACAACCCACGUCCUGUUUACCACACUUCAUAUCAUGAGCUCGACAAACGCCUGCGGUUGUUGAAAGCCAGAUCAUUUUUGACAGAAAAUCCAGUCAUACAGCAAGAAAAUCUUGUUCAUUACCUGGAGUGUGAAAAUGAAAAAUUUGAAUCAGGAUACAAGAACAUAUGCACCCAACUGGAUUCACUUGAAGGUUGUAGUAAUCAGUUGGACUAUUUGCAGAUGAGGCUGAAAUGUUCUAAAGAAACAGCUGCCAUGAUGCUUUCAAGCUAUCCCUUGGAUCGUCAUGUCAGUAACAAGAAAAUAAAAAAGGUUUUAGACUUUGCGCUUGACGAGGUUAAACUUGGAUCAGACUUUGUUAUUAAAAAUAGGUGGCUCUUUGCAUUUUCACUUAAGAGAUUGAAGCAACGAUUACAAGUAAUGAAAGAAGCUGAAGUUCCAGUGGAGGAUUAUCCAUACAUUUGGCUAUUAACUGAAAAGAAAUUUAAACAUGAAUUUGAAAAAUUCUUACAACCAAAAUAAUUUUUUUUACUUUAGCAUUAUGUUUGUGUACAUGUGUUAAUCUGUUCUUGUCAAAAAUGCUUUUCUGAUGAAAUUUUAAGUUCAUUUUGGGUUUGUUCCUUAAACAAAAUAUAAUAAAAGUGUUGUUUUCUGGUUAUUA